GAUACAAUGGCGUGAAAGAAUCGUCCCGAGAUAAUUUCCUAAUUUUCUCUGAUGAUAAAGGAAUUACGCGAACAGAUCACCCACUUUCCCUUGGCUUCUCAUGCACUCCAUCAACGGAUCCAUCCAUUCGCGACGACGGCCGUCAGCGCCGUCAUCGUCGUCAUCGUCGUAGAUUAACAGGUAGGGACCGUUUCGCCACUCCCGCCGUUCGAUCUGUCGGCCGGGGUGAGGAAGGGCGGUGCGGAUACGGACGGAGGGAAGGUGCGGAGAGCCCGGGCUAUUUAUAGCAUCAUAGGUCUUUCGUGGGAGGAUCGAGUGGGACGAGGCUGCGCGACAACCGGUGGCGGCGGCGGCGGCGGUGGCGAGCAGGGAGGUGGAAACGUGUCAGGGGUGGCGUUCGAGGAAUCCAAGGGAGACGGCAGUCUAGGGUCUUCGAGAGGAAGGGGAAAGCGCAGAAGCGAGAGAGGGCAAAGCGAGGAGAGGCAAGGCGAUGAAGAUCUUCAACUCGUUGCAUCGAUUGUCUCUCGAAAGACUGUCGUUCUGAAAAAAAAAUGGCUACGCUCUUGACGAGAAAUUACUUUCGAAAUUUACGAGCGAAACGCGACUCUAGUGGACAACAAUCUGGCCGAGUUUACACGUGGUGCAACGAUAUUAGAAGGUCGCGUGGAUGGAAGGGGAUCCUGAAGAACAGUCUAGGUGUACUUGCGAGCGUGGGUGCCACCUGCGGUGCAUUUUUAUACUUCCUGGACCGAUCGGUCCGAGCCGCGCAGCCGGUCGCUCGCCUGCCCAGCUAUCCCUGGGACUUUGAAGGCUUUUUCACGUCCCUGGACCAUUCGGCGGUGCGACGGGGCUGGCAGGUCUACAGGAGCGUGUGUCACACGUGCCACAGUCUGCGCUACGUACGAUUCAUGGAUUUGAUCGACGUGUCACAUACGGCGGACGAGGUCAAGGCCAUCGCUGCCGAGUUCGAGAUUGAAGAUGGACCGGACGAAGAGGGAAACUAUUAUACGAGACCUGGAAAAUUGUCCGACUUAUUGCCACUUCCUUUUCCGAACGAUGAAGCAGCCAGAGCGGCCAAUUUCGGCGCGUAUCCACCGGAUCUGACCUACAUUAUUUUCAGUAAAUGGAACGGUAGGAAUUAUUUGUUUUCGUUCCUCACGGGAUGGAUGGAGCCGCCUGCAGGUGUAUCUUUGACCGACCAGCAAUAUUUCAAUGCCUAUUUUCCAGGAAAUGUAAUCGGGAUGGCACAGAUGCUAUUCGAAGGAGCAGUGGAGUAUGACGAUGGUACCCCGGCAACGACGUCACAAAUGGCAAAAGACCUAGUUGAAUUUUUAAGCUGGACUUCUUCGCAAAAUUUUGACACACGCAAGCAAAUGGUCAUCAAGGUAAUAGGAAUCUGUCUUAUAAUGUUGGCUUCGAUUGGUCACCAUAUGAGGUACACUUGGUCGACAUUGAGAAGCAGACAAAUCGCAUACAUACCCAAGGGAAAAUAUUAAGAAAUAUUCUAGACAAUAGAUAUUUAGCUCGAAUCUCCAAAUAAGGAAAAUUAUUUAUCGAUAUUGAAAAAGAGGAAUAGUAAGUAAAAUCAUUUCGAAUAUUUCAUUCGCAUAAAGAUUUGAUCCGCAUAAAAAUUAAUUAAUAACGAUAUAAUUCUUCUUAGAUUCAAAUUGCUCAAAUAUUUAGCUGAUAAAAAGAUGACAAGAAUCGUAAUGAAAAAACGUAAAACAGAUAGUUUUAAAAACAUCUCUUCAGUACUUUAUACUUGUGCACAUUUAACUAGUAAA